AUGGGAUAUCUAGAAUAUAUAAAGGAUAGUGGAAUAUCCAAGGAAAAGAUAGAUAAUUUAAUAUUGAAUUAUUUUAUCGUUGAAGGAUAUCACGAAGCAGCUAUUAGCUUUGCAAAGGAAAUCAACAUAGAACUAAAAAAUGAAAGGAUAAAAUCUCAUUCAUCGUCACUGAACCCCUUUAUCAAGCAAUUAGGUUCGAUGAGUUCGAUGAGUAAUUCAGAUUUUGCAGAGGUAGCUCUGAAUUAUUUUGAAAAGAACGAUACUUAUGAUUCGAAUGUUACCCCACAUAGUCAUCAUCAUCCUAUAGUAAAACCCAAGAUUAUUUCGGACUAUUCUACUAUCAAUCAACGUAAAGAAAUUAAGCUAUUGAUAUUAAAAGGAUCUAUUACUGAUGCAAUUCAAAAGAUAAGUGAAUAUUUUCCAACCAUUCUUGAUUCGAACAACCUCUUACAUUUUAAGCUAUUGCGCUUAAAUUUAAUCGAAAUGAUCAGAAAUCAUAAGUUGACGAAUGGGAAUAUUACUGAUAUAGCAUUAGAAAGAAAGUUCUUAGAUGAUAUAUUAACAUUUGUCAGGGAGAACUUGAUCAACAAAGUAACACAUUCAAGCAAAUUAUUAAAAGAAUUGGAGAUAACCAUGAGUUUAUUAUGCUUCAACUUUGAUGCGGAUAAAAGCAUUGAAGAACAGAAGGAUUUGCCUGAAGAACUAAGAUCAUUGUUUAAUUUAUCAUUAAGAAAUCAAUGUUACAGAUUGGUAAAUAAGGCUAUCUUGAAUCUAUAUUAUAAUGAAGAAACGAUAGAGGAGAAUGGUAAUGUCAACGGAAAUGUCAAUAGAAAUAACCAGGGGCUUUAUAACGGAGAAAUUGAAAAUAAUAAGGUAUAUAAGGGACCAAAACAUUUAGAAUUCAAUUUGUCGGGCUUUGAUAAGUUUGAAGCACAAGAAAAGGAUAUUGAAAUGAUUGAUGACAAUACAAGUGAUAUGCUCUAUGACUAUAAUUUGAAAUAUGAUGAAAAUAUAGCACAUACAAAUGCGAACAAUCAAUCCCAGGACACUAGUGUCAGCCAUGAUGACAAUUUACAAGACGAAUUACAAGACUUAUCAUUAGAAUCUAAAUUAGAAAGAAUCAUCAAACUUUGGACUAUUGCCGAACAAAGGCUAGUUGAUCUAAAUUUCCGUAAAUCUAAGCAAUAUGAAUUCACUGAUGGGAACUUGUAA